AUGUAUUCCACUCCUACAAAGGUCGGCAUCGACAACUCCAGUGCACCCGAAAGCCCGACGCCGAAAGGACUGAGUCUGUCACCAGCCAGGAACCUAAGCCAUGAACAGUCUGGCACUGUCCCGGCUUUGGAGAGAAUGGUCAAAGCACUCAAAUCAGAGAUAGAAGAGGCGAUGGCGGAGAUGCAAGCCAUCUGGGAUGAAAUGGCCGUUGAGAAUGGUAAGCUUCCUACGAUUGAGGAAGAGAUAUGA